AUGGAGGGGCUGACGUCCAGCGAGAUCGCCGGCUUCGUGGUGGGUGCCCUGCUGCUCGGCGCCACCAUCGCUGCCCCCAAGGUCGACGGCUUCAUUGCCUCCUCCCAAAGAAGGUCACUAGGUAUGUGCAAGAGGUGUGGUGAUCUUCGGAUUGUAGCAUGCUCGCAGUGCAAAGGAACAGGCUCAGCUCGGAACGGACGGAUACUCAAUCUGGGCAUGCUGGAUGAUCUCUACGAGUCCCUUGGAGCUGAAGCCAAGACUGACAAUUUGGUUCCUUGCACAAAGUGCAGAGUGUGGCUUCGAUUGAUCCAAGAGAUGGAGAAUAAUAGGAUACGAAAGAUGAAGCAGCUGGGGAAUUUCAACCUUCCAGACUUCUUCAACUACCUCCUUCACGAUCUCUAUCCCGCGAAGCAAAAGAAGUUUUCCUUUCAGCACUUGUUUCUGAAGGUGAAUGAGAAUAACGAAAUUGAUAAAGUUCUUAAAGCAUCUUUGCAGUUCCUGGUAAAGGAGAAUCGAUUGGGGAGCACAAUGCCUGUUGAAGAUAUACGCUCUGGAUUUGACACUCGAGGAACUGAACUUGAGGGGAUUGAUAGCACUGUUCUAAUGCGUGCUCUGAGAUGGCUGGAACAACAGGGAAAAGCUGCUAUAUUCAAGGUCAACGAUUCUGGAGGUGUAAAGUUCAUGUGA